CCAACUGCGAAUGGUUAUAGCUUAUGGUAUAAUAAUGAUAGUACCUGCUUAAUGUUCAAGACCGAGAUGUGUGAUUAUGUACUUUUCAUGCACGAUGCAUACUUUGUAACGCAACAAUUUCUUCUCUCCAAUUUCACCCAGUACGGAGUACGCAUUGUUUGUAACAUACAAUGUACCUACCACACGUAUGAUCUACGAUGUUUUUUGUUCAUGCGUGUUACAUUUCGUGCAAAACUAAAUGCGUAUGAGGUAAUUUAAGGUUGCAGUACAGCACGACUCGCGUAAUUGAAUGAACGAGCGGAUAAUAGCCGCCAGACAGAAAGUAGAUGAUCACGAUAGAAUAAAAAACUAGUUAAUUAUUAUACGUCGAUAUAAAAAGUAGUAUAAAGUGCAGUCAAUCAAUUAAAUCGAAAUACGAUGUAUUUUCGCAGUAUCGUUUUUUAAUUCCACAAACUGCUUUAAUCACGCUUGUAAUUUCAUAUCGUUUUUUUGCAGUUCAUGAAGUUUCUAUGAUGUGGCUGGCAUCUCGAGAUUAAUGUUGAUGUUAUUCGGCACCUUGAAUUCAAAUUAAAUAAUUGAGAGUAUUUUACUUAUAAUUACUGGGGUAUGUUCAGUUAUUCUACAUGCUCAAAGCAGGUAAAGAAUUCUCUCAUUAAUUACUACGAUGAUUUCGAAAUGCCUAGUAGAUAACAUAACACGUUAAGUAGGUGUUAAUAUUUACGUAGCAUCAUCACAUCACAAUGAAUGAGCGAUGCAAGUGAAAUACCAGUUAAAUAAUUGUCUGUAACGGAGGAAUGUGACGUGGCAGCAGCAGUGUUGGUGUCUCCGCCACACAAUCAGUUCAGGCGAGUUUCACUCCGAGUAUUCGUGUUGCCUGCUGUUACUUUUACAACGCGCUGCCGCACACGAACAACGCUCUGUUUCCCUAAGUCUCAUUGUUUCUAUACUGCACUAUCAAAGGAAAACUUUGACUUUCCACUAUGUCACCAUAAAGAGCGACCAUUUGUUUUCGCGCCACUCUACCUGUGAUGUAAUUAUGCGUGAUUAAAUGAAAAUGCAUAAAACUUUUCUGACUCACUUGUGAGAAGACAACAAAAUAACUCCAACAAAUGUUAUAGGCACGUAAAUUUUAGUAAAUGCAUUAGAUAACUAUUUAAAACAAAACGAAUGUACCUUCUGACAUGGUCAAUGAAAAAAUAGCUAUAAUUUUUUGAUUGCAUAUCAAUGCACCAAUAUUUAAGCUAGCUGAAUCACGAUGUAAAUAAAUAAGAGACUGACACUGAAUAAGUAAGCCCAACGAUUGGGUGCCUGUGUCUACGGUUCACGAGGAGAUUCGGAAGUGAUUUAAGAUAACACUACCCGGUCCCGUUGCUUCAGAGAUCGUUUGCUCUUACGAUUGUCGGAUGGCUCGAGAGCCGAGUCCACACACCGUUACUUUCGCACCAAAUCUGCCUACAAUACGUUCAGCAGCGUUCUUUGAUUCCGAUAAUAAGUCUAAAGUCACGAUCCGCUCCGUGAAGCUGUCUACGUAAUCUCUCGACUGAAUUAGAGGUUUCCUUAUAAGGUGAUGCAUAUUUUACAUAGAAGCUAUCUUUGAUACGAUUUGCGGUCAACGUUUAUUUUCUUACGAUGCUUUAUGGGCAUUCAAUUAUUUUUGUAUGGAUACUGUAGGGUCAUUAGUCCCUUUAAUAUUUUGUGUUUGGAUGUCUUUAAAAUCAUAAUAUUUUGUUUAAAAUUCUUUCACAUUCCCUUUCGACUAUAUAGUGUAAGAAGAACGGUUGUAGAUCAUUCUAUAUUUAGGCAUUCGUAGGCGCAGAAUGUUCUAGUAAGACUACUUCCAAUUUUUUAUAUGCGCUAUAAGUGGGUCUACUUGACUUGACGGUCGUAAUAAAUGUAAUAAUACAUAAUACCGAUAACAGAAAACAAAACAAAAGCCGGCUACAGGCUACAGCAUACGACAUGCGGUCAAAAGCCUCAAAAAGGCCAUCAAACCAUUAAUAUCAAACCUUUAAUACCUGUAAAAGAUUAACAGGAAUAUUAAACUUCAAGUGAAGCACACAAUGCUGGAGUUCUUUGAGAAAAUAAUAAAGAACGCAUAUAAAAGUGUUUUUAACUAACACUGAACAAUAACAUAAUAAGGAGCGAGACAUUCGUGAUCACGUUCCCAGUAUUCCAAGUGGGCAUUCUGAAUGUAAGCGUUACUUCGCCUUUUUCAAUCUUAACGACCUAAAAUAAAACGACAAAGAAUACCAAAUCGGUUAAGUUAGGACUCCUAGGAGGUGCAAGGCGACUGUCGAACCGGUUUGGCCGGGAGAUUCUUUGUUUGGUUAUCGCAGAGUGGAUACGUCGCGACUCGCGUCGAGACGGAUAUAUCGCGUCAAUGACGCCACAUUUAUUUCUUCCAGAGAUAAGAAGACGAUCGCGAAUGUGUCUGCAGAGAGACACGGGCAGCUGAGGGCCCAGGCGGCCUGAUGGCGCGAGGAGCGGUGCGCGCGCUGCUGGUCACGGCGGCGCUGGCAGCGCUCGCUGGAGUCCAGACCGCGCGCUUCGGGGACCGUCUAGCGCCGCGAGUGCCAGCCGCCUACGCCCCGCGCAACGCCCCCUCCGCACAACACUAUGCCGAGAGUGAAUAUGACGAAGUCUACGAACAGGAUUACGAAGAACAAAACCUUUCCGUGGAGGAAGAAGACCCGGAGACGGAGCCCCCUCCGCGCCGACCCGCACGUACUGAAGCCCAUCGACUAGAGAUGAGCACGGAAUACUUCGUUAUUCCAGAACGAGUUUCAUCAUCAUCACCUCCUUCUACAUCAACAACCGUCACACCGGCACCACAACCAAACUUAACCAUAGUAUCAGUGCCAACGCCGCCGAUUUUAGGAGCAUUGCGGUCGGAGUCAUGGGCUGUACCUAUAUUGGCUCUUGCUUGCGUAAGCAUGGUCACUCUUGGUGGGUUCGAAGCAUUUGUGAUAUGGGGAGCAAGUCGUAAAGCGCCGAGCCAUCGCCAUCUAUUGCUCGGACAGACAUUACUAUUCGGAUUGUUCUCAUGUGCGGCCACCGCUGCAUUGUUUGCGACUACGCCGACUGCAUUUACGUGCGGGGCUGUCCGAUUCGGUACUGGUGUAGCUUAUGUCAUAGUGUUCGCUUCGCUCUUAGUGAAGUGUGUUUUUCUGCUUAGUUUGAAUGGUGGGGUGUAUUUACCAGCAGCAUAUCAAGGAUUGUUACUAUUUUUUGCUGUGAUGAUACAAGUGGCAAUUGGUGCACAGUGGCUCGGCGGCUCUCCUCCGCGUGUUGUGAGCGGUGGAGGGCGUUGUGACGUUCAUAUGUCAGACUUAUUGCUGUCCCUGUGCUACGCUGCCUUCCUAAUCGCGAUAGUAUGUGGCGUAGCUCUCAGGUCACGUGGCAUCCGCGACAACUACCGCGAAGCGACGCACAUUGCAGCUGCGGGAGGCGCCACCGCUGCAGUGUGGGUCUGUUGGGUGGCGGCGGCGCUAGGAGCGCCUGAACGACAUCGUGACGCGUGCGUAGCUGCAGGUUUGCUUGCAACCUGCGCCGUCGUGUUUGCACUAAUGUUUGCACCGAAAGGUCGGCGUCUGGCGGCCUUGGGUCGCGAGGGCAGAUGGGACGCGGACCGUGACGAAGGCCUGAGCUCACUGGGCGCCGGUGGCUCCGGCUACUCACCUUCGUUCUUCCACUUCAAGCCGGUCAAGUACGGCAUGGUGUCAGCGGCGGCGCCGGUGCCUGCGCCGCCCCCCGUGUUGGACCGUAAGGAGCCGCCCGCUCAGCCAGCCGAUCCGUACGGAGGCCUGUUCGCAAACUCGCCGCACUCGCACUCACGCGUCAUGUACUCUCCGCCGCACUACACCAUGCACCCUUUUAUGCUAAACUACCCCUACAACUACCCACCUUAUCCUUACUUACUACCACCAGGCGUGAUGGUGCGUCCGGAGGAGGGCAACGUGUACACGAGCGUGGAGCCCACCUUCAGUAGCAACCCCAACGUGUACUUCCAGCGCACGGAGCCGUUGCACGUCGGUAUGAUGUACUGAGCCCCUGACAAACCACAGUUCCGAAGCGAACACUGGGAUUUGCAGCGCGACGCCAUAGUUACUUGCUACCCGCCCAACCCGGCACUCGGCAGUCAGUGACGUACAUACGAUUUUAGACGAAAAGUUGCUACUGCUGUGUAAAUUAUAGUUCAAGUGCCUAUCUUUACAGAAUUAAAUAAUUUAAUUGCUAAAUUAUUUUACAAUUCACGUUCACAAAAUUUUGUCUCUUUAGUUGAUUACUAAUUCCAAUGGAAAAAAAUAGGUAGUUUUCUAGUCAUAAAUUAAAAAACAGUUAAGGAAUGUUUACGGAAUAAAUAAAAAUUAUUUUUCAUCAAGAUUGAAACAUGCAUUUGCAUUACACAGCAGUAGCAGCCAAAGCUACUAUGGAACUUUAAGAACGGACUUUACGAAGACUUGAAUUUUUGUGUUGAACAAAAGCUGUUGUGAUUUUUAAUUAUACUUAACCCACCCUGAAGAAGAUAAAGAACAGC